AAAUGGAUUUCUCACGCAGCUGGUCUGCGCAGCUUCCGGUUUCUCUGAGGACUUACCAGCUGAUCGAACUUGUUCCUCUGUAACCGGAUCAGAACCGGGACGCUCCAGGACCGGAUCGCAGCAGAUGACUGCAGGCAGCCAAUCAGAGAGCAGCGGCGGCGGUGAUGUCGUGGUUGGUGCAGCGCUACAGUGACAUCAGCCCGGUGAUUCUGCAGGUGGUGGGUGGAGCCAUGAGCUCCAGCCUGUACUGCCAGCAGGUGGAGGGUCUGUCGCAGGUGGAGUCCUUCCUGGUGGAGCUCUACCGCUGCAAGGUGUGUCAGUUCACCUCCGGCCUGAAGGCGGCCAUCAGCAGCCACGUUCUGCUGCGCCACCACCCCCCCGCCCUCACCUGCCUGACUGAACCUGACGGACAGCAGGUGAGCCAGGAGGGGGCGGAGCCAGAGUCGCCCUACCGGCUGAGUCUGGACGGAGAAUCCAAGCAGAGCGACGAAGAUGAGGACUUCCUGCUCUACGACAUGCUGGGUGACAUGAGCCCGCCCACCUGUGACAUCAGCACAGAGGAGGGGCUUCAGGUGGCACACACCUGCGAGGUCAGCACUCUGUUUGAGGAGUCCUCCAUGUUCCCCCUGAAGGGGGCGCCGGUGGAGCUGUCCUGUCCAGCAACGCCUCCCUCCACCCAAGAGCAGACGGACCAGUCCGCCCAGUCCGCUCACCUCAUGACCCUGGGACUCUGUCGGAUCUCCUCCGUCAGGCCUCCUCCCGCCGACGGCCGAGACCAGAGGGUAGGAGAGGCUCCGCCCCCCAGCCGGCUGCCGUGUCCCCUCUGUCCCCUGACGCUCCUGUCAGAACGGCUGCUGGACGUCCACGUCCGGUCACACCGAGCUGGCGGUGGCUUUGGCUGCAGCCGCUGCGGCCGGACGGCCGACAGCUGGGAGGUGCUAGAGCCGCACUGCAGGAGGCGCUGCAGGAGAGGAAGGAGGAGGAAGAGGAGGAGUGGCAGGACGGGUGGAUGCUCUUCAGCUGAUUGGCCUUCAGACAAGUGGAGGGCCCGGCAGACCGCACCACAAGACCCAAAGAGGGUGGAGCUUCCUGACAGCAGACCGUCUCCUAUUGGUCGACCUCUGAAUGUCCCCGGUUCAGCAGCCAAUCAGAAAGCACCAUGUGAUCCGGGGAGCUCCGUUCCCAGUCUGACCAGUUUGUCCCAGUCUGGUUCGUCCCAGGUCAUUUCACCAAUCAGGAACCAGGAUCAGCCGGGCCUCACCUGCUCUCUGUGCCACAGGUGUUCCCUCUACAGGAAGUUCUCCUCUAAGUUGACUCUGAGACGUCACCUGGGCGUCCACGGAGCAGAGAAACCCUUUACCUGUCCUCACUGUCCCUACAGCAGCAGACUGAAGGCCUCGCUGAGGCAACACCUGAGGACUCACACAGGUGAGAAGCCGUUCAGGUGUGCUGAGUGUCCGUACGCCUCCAUCGACCGCAGCUCCCUGCUCAGACACAGUAGGACUCACAGCCAGGUGAAGCCGUACCGCUGCCAGCUCUGUGGCUACAGCAGCAUUCAGAAGAAGAGCCUGGACCUCCACGCUCGCCGUCAUCACACAGGUGAAGUGUUUCCAUGCCAACAGUGCGAAUACUCCAGCCCAGACCGCCAACUGCUGCUGAAACACACACGAAGACGCCACGCCCCCUCCCUGCUCCCUGCAAUCUGAUUGGACCGAUACCUCCUCAGAUGCUAAAGACGUGAAAAAAAGUUAUUUUAUCAAGAAAAGAUUUGUAACUUCUGAAAAUACCUGGAACAUACCUGGAACACCUGGAACAUACCUGGAACACCUGGAACAUACCUGGAACACCUGGAACAUACCUGGAACACCUGAGCAGGUUUGCGUCCCAGUUCCGGAUGAGCAGGAAGAGGACCUGCCCAGCUGGGCAUCGGAACAGAAGAGUUGAGAAACUGCAGCAUUAGCUACAGAGGACCCUGAUGACAUCAUCAUGGUCACAUGACCCCUGGGGAACACUGCACCAGGUCAAGGUGAGCCUCACCUGUCAGCAGGUGGCGCCGUGUCUGUCAGGAUGCGCCCAGUAGGGGGAGCUAGAGCUCCGUUAGCUGCCUGGCCUUUAUGUGACACGUCAUGAACAUGAAGAGUCUUUAUGACUGAUGUCAUGAAGCGUCAUUCAAUAAAUAAUGUCUCUUUUCAUGCAAAGUUGCUCUAAAUUAAAAUAAAAUUCAAAAUGCUAAGUUUGCAUUAAAUUGUCAUUAUUUACAAAAUAAUGCAAAACUGGCACUUUUAUUGGACUUUUAAUGCAACUUUGCAUUAAAUUGUCAUGACAACAGUCAUAGAGACGGUUCAUGUUCAUGGGACUCAUCUCAGUCUAACGCACCAUGUCAAUAAAGUGUUAGCGCCACCUGCUGAUCAGAACUGAGCAUGUGCAGCAACAGACUCAAGCUGCUGUGUUCACUGACCUGUAGAUGUUGUGGGAAAUUUGAUUUACUAAAUACAAAUAAAAAAAAGAUUUGUUUGCA